CUCUGCCACUCCUUUUCAGCUUGGUGGCGCGCGGCGGGGCGGCUACCGGCGAGAGCGUGAGCGGCUGUGGCAGCGGCGGAAGUGGCCGGCGAGCCCGGUCCCCGCCGACAACAUGCUUCCCUUGUCGCUGCUGAAGACGGCUCAGAACCAUCCCAUGUUGGUGGAGCUCAAAAAUGGGGAGACAUACAAUGGGCACCUGGUGAGCUGUGACAACUGGAUGAACAUUAACCUGCGGGAGGUGAUCUGCACUUCCAGGGACGGGGACAAGUUCUGGCGGAUGCCUGAGUGCUACAUUCGAGGCAGCACCAUCAAGUACCUGCGCAUCCCUGACGAGAUCAUUGACAUGGUGAAGGAGGAGGUGGUGGCCAAGGGCCGGGGCCGUGGUGGCCUGCAGCAGCAGAAGCAGCAGAAAGGCCGAGGCAUGGGGGGCGCUGGGCGAGGUGUGUUCGGUGGCCGGGGCCGAGGUGGGAUCCCUGGCACGGGCAGAGGCCAACCUGAGAAGAAGCCAGGCCGGCAGGCGGGCAAGCAGUGAGCGCACAGAGAGCCGCAGGGUGUCCGCCAGCAGCUCCCGGAGCUGCAGAGAAGGGGAGGCCCAGAUGCGUUGGGGACAGUGCCCACUGCAUUUGGGGACCCUCUUUCGGUGAAGUCCCCCCACGGGGUGUUUUUGUUUUUUAAACCAGCCGUGUGCUGUUGGGAAUGUCACCCCACGGUCUUGGUGUCAUGUCCCAAGCCCUCGCUCUGGGCGUGUUUUCUCGCAGGUCUGUUUGGCCUUUCGCUCAAGCCCCUCCUGAUGGCGGCCAGACUGGCCAGCUUUUGUUUGGAGCCCCCAAGUCACCUUUUCCAAACAGACAGGCACGACCGGACGCCACAGAGCCUGUUCCUUUCGCUUCCUUUCUCUUUGUGUUACAAAAAUAAAAACAAGUACAGC